AUGCAUAAAUCCUACCAACCAUUAAAACCAACAACUAACAAAUACCUGCAGAAGAAAUGGGACCAGACGCGUUUCGAGGAUCAUCGGAACAAGGUGCGAGCAGCCAAACCUGUGGUGAACACCAGAGGAAUCCAAACACCAGCUCAUGUUCAACUCAAACUAAAGAAACUCCAGGUUCAGGAGGAGAGAUCGGCCGUGAUAGAGAGAGAUAACCAGCUUCUGGCCACCAGACUGACUGCUAUCAGCCGCUCUAAAGGACUGGUGGACCACUGGAACCAUUACAGCGAAUACAGCCUGAACGCCGAGAGACGGAGGGCGGAGCUACUGCAUGUGACGCAUGAAAACCAGGCGAUCUACCAGCGAAUCACAGAGCGGAAAUCUGAAUACAGAAAAGAACUCUGGGAAGAGAACUGGGAGAAAGUAGGGAGAAGGAGAGACGACAUCGCCCGUUAUCCACGAGGAGUCACCGAUAAACAGACACAGAAACCAAACAAGUGUGUGAAGUUCUCAGCAGGACAGAGUCAGAGAUCCUCCAGCGGUGUUGUAGAUGACAGAGAAAUCACUGAAGAUUAA